GAACUACAGGGAGCGACUUCGUAAUGCAAUGGUGGGAAGAAGAGUGCGUUUAUCUAUAGAAGCUAGAAAUGGGUUAGAAUUUUUGAAGCGUAAAAGACUUCAGCGAAAAGAAUCUGCCACUGAGACUAGCAUUGCUAACAUGAUGAACAGAAGUGGAGGAGAUUCUCUAAGAGCUUCAGCAGCAUGUGGAAUGAGAUUGCAUCAUAAUGCAGAUAUCUUUUCCAAGAGGAAGGUAGAUAAGUUUGACACAAGUGAUCUAGAAUGGACUGAGAAAAUUCCAGAUUGUCCUGUGUACUAUCCAACAAAAGAGGAAUUCGAGGAUCCCUUGGUUUAUUUGCAGAGGAUAGCUCCUGAAGCUUCUAAAUAUGGUAUAUGCAAGAUUAUUUCACCUUUACAUGCUUCUGUUCCUGCUGGGGUUGUUUUAAUGAGGGAGGAAACCGGAUUCAAGUUUACAACUAGAGUGCAGCCCCUUCGCCUUGCUGAAUGGGAUACUGAAGACAAAAUCACUUUUUUCAUGAGUGGAAGAAAUUAUACAUUUCGUGAUUUUGAAAAGAUGGCAAACAAGGUUUUUGUGCAAAGAUAUUGCAGUGCUGGAUGUCUUUCUGCCACAUACUUGGAAAAAGAGUUUUGGAAUGAAAUUGGUUGUGGGAAGAUGGAAACUGUUGAAUAUGCUUGUGAUGUUGAUGGCAGUGCCUUUUCAUCUUCGCCUACCGAUCAGCUUGGGACAAGCAAAUGCAAUUUGAAGAAACUUUCAUGGUUGCCCAAGUCUAUUUUGCGGCUAUUGGAGACAUCAAUACCGGGAGUAACAGAACCCAUGCUAUACAUUGGGAUGCUGUUUAGCAUGUUUGCUUGGCAUGUGGAGGAUCAUUAUUUGUACAGCAUUAAUUACCAUCACUGUGGAGCAUCAAAAACUUGGUAUGGCAUUCCAGGUCAUGCAGCUUUGGAAUUUGAAAGGGUGGUCAGAGAACACGUGUAUACUAAUGAUAUUUUGUCAAGUGACGGGGAAGAUGGAGCAUUCGAUGUUCUACUGGGGAAAACAACUCUGUUUCCACCAAAUAUUUUGUUGGAGCAUGAAGUCCCUGUCUACAAGGCUGUUCAAAAUCCGGGGGAGUUUAUAAUAACCUUCCCCAGAGCAUAUCAUGCCGGCUUUAGUCAUGGUUUCAACUGUGGAGAAGCAGUUAACUUUGCAAUUGGUGAUUGGUUUCCUUUAGGGGCUAUUUCUAGCCAGAGAUAUGCACUUCUUAACAGGGUUCCUUUGCUGCCCCAUGAAGAACUUUUAUGCAAAGAAGCAAUGCUUCUCUAUGCAAGUUUAGAACUUGAAGAGCCAGACUUUCCCUCUGAAGACUUGUUAUCUCAUUAUUACGUUCGGAUUUCAUUUGUUAAUUUGAUGCGCUUUCAGCAUUGUGCUCGUUGGCUCUUAAUGAAAUCAAGGGUGUAUUUAAGGGUUUCUUCACAUUCCCAUGGUACAAUUUUCUGUAGCCUCUGCAAACGCGACUGUUAUGUAGCUUAUGUUGGCUGUGACUGUCACAAGCAUCCAGUAUGCCUUCGCCAUGAUAUUGAAUCUCUUGACUUCCCCUGUGGGAGCAAACACACGCUUUAUGUGAGGGAAGAUGUUUCAGAUAUGGAAGCUGCAGCCAAGAGAUUUGAGCAGCAGGAUGGGAUAUGGAAUGAGAUACUUCAGCAGACCAAAAGUGACAAAAACAUGUAUUCAUAUCCUUUAUCAAAUAUGUUCCAGAAGGCUGAGGCAAAUGGAUAUACACCUUAUUGUGAGACGAAAUGUGAUUAUGUUACUGAUUUUUAUACAACCCCAGAGCAGUCAACAAAUAAUGAAGAGCGUGUUACACAAAGUCAAUUUGUUUCAAGACAUUGCUUUGAAAAUCUUAAACCCAAAGUGUCUGUGGUUUCUUUUUCUUCUGCUGCAUCUGCCCUUUGUUCUCUAUCAGAACCUCUUGUGAUCUCCUCUGCUCCCAAUAACGAUGAGGGGCGUGCCAACUUUAAAUUAGGCAUUACUGAUUUUGAAGAGACUAGUGAAAGAAUAUCCAACAGUGCUUCUGAAUCUUUGCUACCUGCUCAAUAUCAUGAAAUCCCAAAUAAAUCUAAGGGCAAUCUUCAUAAAUUUGACACGAAGAUCAUUGUAGAUAAUGAUAGUGAUGAUUCUGAUCCAGGGAUAUUUAGGGUAAAGCGCCCUUCUUCUCUGAGGGCUGAGAGGAGAAAACAUUCUGAGCAGCAGGGACUCAAACCUUUGAAAAAAGUCAAUCGUGAAGGAAGUAGGCACACGGUGGAUUUCAGGAAAACCAAGGAAUCAAGUUACAAAUACACUCAUUGUGUUAGUCAUAAAGUUAAUGGUGACAUUUCCUUGAGGAACAGAUUUGCAAGGGGAAAUAGCAUUCCCAUAUCUAUGAGGUAUAAGAAGUCAAAUAAUAAUGAGGAAGUGAAUAUACAAGGGGAACACCACCGGAGAGAUAGGUUGCAGCAGAUAAAUACGGAACCGCCUUCCAUAGAGAAUGUUCCAAAGCGCCCGAAAGUCCGAGGCCCUUCAGUCCUGGGCUUAUAGAGUAUAUUGAAUUGAUUCUUUAAUUUGCUGCCUGUCUUACUUAAUGCAGAAUAGUCUAGAGUCUAACUUUGUUAACUUCGUUUAGCUAAAUGGGCUUUCUAACAACAGGGAAAAUAGCAGCGGCAAGAUAUUAACCAAUUAGGAUAAGAAUUUAUAUUACAUUCUUUGUGCAGGCCUAACAUUUGGCAAUCUGCAUGGCAAGCUGAUAUUUGGGGUUCUAGGGCCUAGGUGUUUUUCCAACUUUGGUGGAAGAACCUUUUCUGUGAGCUGGAGCAUAGAAUUGGAUUUGUGAUUACUAUGUAAAGUCGUUAUGGUCAUCUUAGUGACGUUGG